AUGACGCUGUCGCUGCCGUCCAAGCUUGCACCGCUUUACGAGGCGCGUUUGAAAUCGAAAGAAGGAACUUCUUCUUCCUCGAAAGCUGCUGGAAGUCUUUUGAAAUCAAGUGAGGCGGAAGCAGCAGAUCUCGAGCAUUUCAAGAAGACAGCGCAGAAUCGAGUGCUGAAACCGCUCGAAACGAAGCUCAAAUCCCCCUCAAAACUAGUAUUUCUUAUUUUUAAAACUAUUUUUCUUUUUUUCCCGCGUUUUGCAGCUCAAAAUUCCACAAAUCCCAAAAAUUCAACUCCGAAACCUGAACAAGAUUCCUCUUCGCGGGCAGCUCUGGUGGCCGCGCUGUACGCAGCAGUUCAAGAAAAGAUCCUCAAGCAAAAGUCCUUCAAAAUUCUCGCCAGCAAAUGCAUUUUAAAACCAAAAAACAAUUCCGCAAAUGCAGAACAAGACAAAAAGGAUGCGGCCUUGGUGCCUGCUGCAGCGCACCAGCCUCGUGCUGCUGCUGCUGCUGCUGCUGCUGCCAACGCAGUGCAGCAAGAAGAAGCUCUUUGCGAAUUAAUUGAACCUGAAAAGGCCAAUUCUGAAUCCGAGAAAAAGACCAGCAGCAAAUGGCUUUCUUCGGUCUUCAAACAAAUUAGCACCAAGCCAAACAAUCAAUCAGAAGUUUUUGAAAGUUGCGUGGAGAAGGACGUGGCAGAGCAAGCAGCAGAGGCAGCGGAAGCAGCAGCUGAAGAAGCAGAAGCAGCAGCAGAAGCAGCGGAAGCAGCAGCAGCAGCAGCAGCAGCAGCAAAAGUUUACGUGGAAUCUCCCGUUGCUCCUCUGGCGGAAGUUCGGAAGACAGUUCAUUUCAGUUCUCCUUUGCAAACUUUUGAAAAUCCGAAAACUCCCGACGCCCCUCCAGCUCCGCUGCCUUCUCCGGAAUCGUUUGCUGCUGCUGCUGCUGCUGCUGCUGCUGCGGCGCCCGCCGCUGCUGCGGCGCCGACGGUGGCAGCAGCAGUUGCUGCUGCAGUGUCGGCCGUUGCUGCUGCUGCCAAUGCGCAAAGCCGGCUGCAGAAAGCUGCGCUGCUGCGGCAAGAAAUGCAAAAAAGGAAAAACAGAAAAGUGAAAACGAAAGCAGCAGCAAUUUCUCUGGAAGCAGAAACUGCUGCUCUUCUUGCUGCUCUCGAGGCCCCCCGGAGGCCCCUGCAGUGGAACACAAGUGUCUUUGUUGCGGGAAAACAAGGUAAUGGGGCACCCGGGAGUUCGAGCAGCACUCAGGGCGCGAGCAAAUGA